AUGAGGAAAAAGCAGAAUGUGAAAAACAGGAAGGCAGAAGAGACGACAGUUGUCCAAGAGUUUGCAGUGGACAAAAUCAUUCGCAGAAGAGUCCAUGAGGGAAAAGUUGAGUACUAUCUGAAGUGGAAGGGCUUCACAGAUGCCGAGAAUACCUGGGAGCCAGAGGACAACAUGGACUGUCCUGAACUGAUAGAGGAGUUUCUCAGAAAUCUAGCAGUGUCAGGAGAAACAGAGCAAGAGGGCUGUCAGUCUCUAGACCAUGAUGUCCAGCCCAAGCUGGAGUUAUCUGAGCUUGAUGCUGAUACGGCUCACCAGCAAUCUCAGGAGGAACUCAUAGAAAGGAGUAAUGAGGAGGGUGGUAAUCACAGUUUGGAGAUCCCUGCAGGCCAGUCCAGCCACCCAGAACCAGACUGCAUCAUCGGAUCCACAGACCGGCAGGGAGAGCUCAUGUUCCUCAUCAAGUGGAAAAACUCUGAUGAGGUGGCUUUACUGUCAGCAAGAGAGGCCAGUCAAAAGUGGCCCCAGAUGGUAAUCAACUUUUACGAGGACAAGCUGACCUGGCACGGAGAAGAGGAGCAGUGAGAGAAAUAUGUAGCAGUGGAUAAUACUGUACCUCCGGGCAGCUUUCAAAACACAAUCACUGUGGCAAAAGUUUACUGUUUGAUUUAUCAUGUAUUCAGAGUGUGUGAAUCCACACUCCAAUGUGAAGCUCUUCCUAGCACACUAAACCUUUAGAAAUGUGACUUAAGUAUUAGAGUUCUACUGUAGCACUAUUGGUGUAAUGAAAAUGUCAUUAUGCAUAAGUUGCAGUUCCUGAUCUGUUGUUUUGAACAUUUGGUUUGUUGCUUGAUGUUCAUUGUUCUGUCCUCUUUGUUACUAUAAUGUAAACUGUGACAUAGGAGAUGACAUUAAGUGGUGCAGUACUUGCGCAAUAGGAUUUGUUUUAAUGUGUAUAUGUACUAUCCGUACUAUUAACCCCCUGGUUUCGCACCUAUUGAAUUUAUACUGUGAUGGAUCGUGUAAUCUGUGAUGUCACAACGUAGCUCAUGCAGGUAUAAAUCAGUAGAUUUGCACAAAACAGAUUCUAGAAUGUAGCCCAUACAAUCACAUUUCGUGUACAUUGUGACUCAUUCUUUGUUUUUCGGUUUUUGUCUGUUCAUAGUAGUUGUGUGAAUAGGCCUUUGAGGUUUUGUUUUGAAGACUUCUGUUUUGCAGUUUCACUCUUCGGGUUUCUGGUUCACUGUUAAGAUAAUUGUUAACAUGUAAUCUCGAGUGAGAAAUCUGUAGGUGCUUUGAAUAAACAUGAAAUUGCCUCAGA